AUGGGUGCCCGGCUUUCCCUGCCUGAACCGCCGCCUGGCGAGAUCCCUCUGAGGGGUGCCUGGCGUCAGGGUAACGUGAUUCUCGUGUCUUACCUGAGUAUAUCGGAAUCUGGAAUGGCAGUUUAUAAUGCUUCAUCUGCUACAGUGUCCUUGUCUCGGAACAGGAGACUUCACAGUAUGAAAUGUGGACCAUCCAAUUCACUUACAUGUUUUAAUGGAGGAGAAUGUGUCAACAGACUGCUGUGCAACUGCAGUCGAUUUAAUGCAACUGGACCAAGAUGCCAGACAGUAUAUAACACAGGUGCUGAAAGAGAUCAUAUAUGCAGAACAUGGGGUCAAUAUAAUUUUGAAACUUUUGAUGGACUCUAUUAUUAUUUUUCUGGGAAAUCCACAUACGUGCUUGUGAGACAUACUGAAUUAGAUGAACAGAGUUUUUCCAUACAGGUGAAUAAUGAUCCUGACUGCCAUUCUUCUCCUUAUUCCUGCAAACGGUCCAUUAGUUUAUUCUUUUCUGGAGAUGAACAGAUAAAGAUGAGCACUGAAGUCACCUAUAAAGGAUUUGGAGUACAAUUACCUUAUAUUAUCGGAAACUUACACAUCCAGAAACUAGCUGGAUACUUCCUAGUCAGGCACCAGAAUGGUUUUACUCUGGCUUGGGAUGGUACAUCUGCACUGUAUAUCAAAAUGGCACCAGAAUACCUGGGCAAAACACAGGGACUGUGUGGGAAUAAUAAUGCUAUCCUGCAGGAUGAUCUUGAAACUAGUUAUGGAAAACUGACAGACGAUGUAACGGAAUUCGUAGAGAGCUGGCAGGAAAAUCCUCCACAAGGAGCACCCAGCUGGGAUAAAUCUCUUCUCAAUGAGCCACCCUGCCUGAGACAAAGCCAUGAAUCUCUACAGAGGGCAUACAAGCUGUGUAAUAUCCUGUUACAUCCCCCAUUUGAAACAUGUCGUGAAUAUGUGAGUCCUCUUCCUUUUAUGGCUAGCUGCACCAAUGAUCUCUGCAUGUCAGCAGUUGAUAAUGCAACUUGGUGUCGAGCAUUAACUGAGUAUGCCAGAGCAUGUGCCCAAGCAGGAAAGCCACUUCAUGGAUGGCGAAUGCACUUUCAGCAGUGUGUGAUUACAUGUGCUGAACCCUUGACCUACAAUGAAUGCAUCAACUGUUGCCCUGUUUCAUGUCAUCAAAAAUCACAGUGCAUUGACAGUGAACUUCCUUGCAUUGAUGGAUGUUACUGUCCGGAUGGCUUAAUAUAUGAAAAUGAAUUGUGUGUCAAACCUACGGACUGCCCUUGUAACUACCAUGGAAGUUUCUUUGAAAUAGGCUCAGUGGUUUAUGAGGAAUGUAAUAACUGCACUUGCAUUGGAGGAAAGUGGAUUUGUACAAAUCUUACAUGUCCAGCUGAAUGCUCAGUUUCAGGAGACACACAUUUCAUGACCUUUGAUGGGCGCAAAUACACUUUCCAAGCUACCUGUCAAUAUAUUCUAGCAAAAAGCCGUGCGUCAGGGGCAUUUACCAUAUCCUUGCAAAACGCUCCCUGUGGACAGAACCAGGAUGGAUCAUGUAUCCAAUCAAUCAGCCUUAUUCUUAAGCAGGACCUCAAGAGACAAGUGACUCUGACUCAUUCGGGAGAUGUUUUGGUAUAUGACCAAUACAAAAUUAGCCUGCCUUAUGCAGAUGAGUUAUUUGAAAUACGGAAACUCUCCUCUGUAUUUCUUCAAGUAAAGACAAGCAUCGGAUUACAGAUACUGUACGACAGAGAAGGAUUGAGGCUCUACCUUCAAGUGGAUGAGCGAUGGAAGGAUGAUACUGUGGGCCUUUGUGGAACCUUCAAUGGAAAUACAGAGGAUGAUUUUUUGUCUCCAGUUGGAGUAACUGAAAGCACUCCAGAGCUGUUUGGAAAUGCAUGGAAAACUUCAUCGGCGUGCAUUCUUGUGCAUGAUAGUUCACAGAUGGAUCCAUGUGAUAUUCAUCUGCAGGCAGCCUCUUAUGCAGUGGAAGCUUGUAGCAUCCUUACGAAAGACCUUUUUGCUCCAUGCUACCCCUAUUUGAGUCCUGUCCCCUAUUUUGAGCAGUGCAGAAGAGACACUUGCAAAUGUGGACAGAUUUGUUUUUGCUCUGCUCUGGCCCAUUAUGCUCAUCAUUGUAGAAGAUUUGGAAUUGUAAUAGAUUUCAGAGGACGUGUCCCAGACUGUGCUCUUUCAUGUGAAGAUACAAAGGAGUACAGUACUUGUGUAUCUACCUGUGGCAGAACCUGCCAAGCACUGUCCAUGCCAGAGACAUGCAGCAGUGAUUGUGUAGAAGGCUGUGCUUGUCCUUCUGGAAUGUAUUUGAAUUCCAAGACUGAACAAUGUGUACAGAGAAAUGAAUGCCCGUGUUAUUUUCAAGGAGUUGACUAUCCACCUGGAGAAAACAUUAUGACAUCUUUGGGGAAAUGCCAUUGCAGGGAUGGAAUAAUGAAUUGUGAUAGCAACAUAAUAGCACACAGCUGCCCAGUUGGACAGAUUUAUAUUAACUGCAGUAAUCCACAAAUUGAUCCUGAACUUAGCAGAGAGAGAACUUGUGAGAAUCAGCUGUUAAACCUCACUUUCUCAGCACACCUUCCUUGCGUUUCAGGUUGCGUCUGCCCUCCUGGUCUUGUUAAACAUGGGGAUGUGUGCUUGAAUGAAGAUGAAUGUCCAUGUUCAUGGAAAGGAAAGGAAUACUUCCCAGGUGACAAAGUAAAUUCUUCCUGUCAUACAUGCAUUUGCCAGCAUGGAUCAUUUCAAUGCACCUUCCAUCCUUGCCCGUCAAUGUGUACUGCAUAUGGGGAUCGGCAUUACAGAACGUUUGAUGGACUAACUUUUGACUUUAUUGGAACUUGUAAGGUUUACCUAGUUAAGGGUACUUCUUCAACCAAUCUUUCUGUUAUUACAGAGAAUGUUAACUGCUUUAAUACUGGAAUGAUUUGUAGAAAAAACAUUUUCAUUAAUGUUGGAAAAUCUUUUUUAAUAUUUGAUGAUGAAUCUGGAAAUCCAAGCUUAUCUAGUUACAUAGAUGAACUACAGGAAAUGCAGGUAUGGAAAGCUGGAUUUUUCACUGUUGUUUAUUUUCCUGAUGAGCACAUCACCAUCCUCUGGGAUCAGAGAACAACAGUUCAUGUUCAGAUGGGUCAUCAGUGGCAGGGUGAAUUGACUGGAUUAUGUGGAAAUUUUGAUUUGAAGACAGUCAAUGAACUGAGGACACCAGAUAAUUUUGAAUUAACAAACUCACAAGAGUUUGGAAACAGCUGGGCAGCUGUAGAGUGUGUUGACAGCUCUGACAUUCGAAACCCAUGCAGUCUGAAUCCCCUCAGAGAGCCAUUUGCCAAGAAGGAAUGUGGAAUACUGUUAAGUGAAGCAUUUGAAACUUGCCAUCCAGUGAUCGAUGUCACCUGGUUUUACUCAAACUGCUUGACAGAUACAUGUGGUUGUAACCAAGGAGGUGACUGUGAGUGUUUCUGUACAAGUGUAUCAGCAUAUGCCCAUCAGUGCUGCCAGCAUGGAGUUGCUGUAGACUGGAGGUCUCCUAGAGUGUGUCCUUAUGAUUGUGAAUAUUUCAACAAAGCUCUGGGAAAGGGCCCAUAUAAACUGGUCAGCUAUUUGGCUGGGGAAUUUGUAAUGGCAGUGGAACUAGUGGAUGGUGAUGUUUUCCCAGUGAGAGAAGAAGAUAUUGUUCCUGGAUAUUCAGUGACCUUUAUGCUGACUUCAGGACUUUAUAAACCCAAAGCACAUGAUUCCAACUUGAUUUCAUUUGAAACAGCUGAGAGACCAAACUAUUUUCUUCAGCUGGUCUCUAAUAAUACUCUUGUUCUUUCUAAAUGGAAAAAAAAUGAAGAGUUUCACAGCAGAUCUACAUUUGUCAUUCAUAAGAAUACAUGGCUUUCGGGAUAUAGUUCCUUUGAGUCAUUUGCAAAGCCAGGAUAUUUCAUCCACAUUUCAGCUUCUUCAGUUGAGCUUUUGAAGUAUCAUCAUUCAGAGGAGUUCAGGUUGUCGACUCUUUUUAAACUUGUAGAUGUAAAAUUUAAAUUUCUAUCCCAUUCUGCAUGCGAAUGGCAUUAUGAUACUUGCAUAAGCCCUUGUUUCAAGACUUGCAGAGACCCUUUGGGAAAAAGCUGUCAGGGAGUACCAAAAGUGGAAGGAUGCAUCCCUGAUUGUCCUCUCAAUAUGUUACUGGAUGAAAUCACUGAAAGAUGCGUGUAUUUUGAAGACUGCAUUGAACCUGCAGAUGAUAGUCUAGCUUUGGCACCCAGCAUUCAAACACCAUCAGUUUCACACAUAAAAUCAAGUACAAGUUUGGCAGUGAUCAGUGAAGCGCUAACUUCAUUUCCUGUACCUGAAACAAUAGGCAUGGCAACAAUUGCUUCAAAAUUGCAAGUGACUGCAACUACAGGGAAAACUGAGUUUGCAGCUUUUACAUCUCAUACAACACUUCCAAACAUAUCUUUACCAUCAAAUAUUUCUUCACAGUCAACAGAAAUUACAUCUGGAAGAAGCACUACAGCAGUGUUUGGGACAACAAAGUCUAAUGUAAGCUUGUCUUCUCCCAUUGACAUUUCUCCAUUGUUUUGGUCCACCGUCACUUCAGAAACUUCCACAAAGAUACAACCAAUCAGUAUUGAUUCUACCAAACUGCUGAGGGCUACAGAACCUCAGACAGUAACAGCUACAAAUGCAGUGACUACAAAUACAGAACCAGAAACCAAAACUAUUGCUACUUUUAUUUUCACCGGAACACCACUAAUACUUAGUACAGCAGAAACGCCAGUCAAAACUAAAAAAAUGGAAAUAUUAGAAAUAGCCACAAGAGCACUUCCCACAAAAGAAGCACAAGUAAAACCAGAAGGACUUAGAACACUUACACCCAGUACAUUUGAAUCAAUAACAGAAAAAACUACUGCCUCUCUGCUCCAGUUUUCCACAUCACCAUCUCUGGAUACGUCUUCAUAUGCAUCAACAGUAAACCUAACAGGAACUUCAGGAGAGACAAAAAUAAGCAUAGGACAGGCUUUUCCCACAGCAUCUAACACUACAGUAAUAUCACUUUCUCCAGUGAUCAGUACUUUAUCAAAACCAGCAUCUUCAGCAACAACAAAAGCAGCAAUUGUUUUAACUGAGCAAAGCGAGAAGACUACAUUGUCACCAACAUCCAUACCACCUAUUUUAUUAGGAAAGGCAACUACACAACCUCCUAUUGAAAUGGUUCAACACCUCACUGGUACUGCAGGGAUACCUUUCACUACAACUCUAGGCCCAAAGACAACAACUCUGCAAACUCAAGAGGAAGCAUCAGAAACAACUUUGCUAUCAUUUACAACUCAUAAAAGGGAAUCUCCUAAAAUAACAUUUCCUGUGGAGCAUAUGUCAAGUUCUUAUUUCCCUACAUAUUCACUACAUCCUAGUUCUACAACUGAAAAAUCCCUUACUCUUUCUACAAAAGGACCUUCAGUGCCUCUUCCUACUCAUGCUUCCCCAGCUUCAGGCGAAUUAAAAAAGACAUUUAAAACUGUUUCAACUACAAAAUAUCCCUCAUACACAGUUUUAAACACAACAGAGUUUCUAACUACAUUAUACACUAAAUAUCCUGCUGUGGCUGAGACUAUCAAAGUGACACCUUUGUCUGUUGAGGGAGCAUCCAAAAUAACAUCCCCUUCUGAAUUACUGGCAAAGUCAACUUUGUUUUCUGGAAAAACAUCUACAGAACACAAGCCAACUCUGCUUUCAAGUACAGUGAAGACAAGCGUUUCAGCAUAUUCAGGUAGUGUUACUACAUCAGAAAUGAAAACAUCUGUCUUGUCAAAAAGAACCAGCACAGUUCCUUUUAAAGCUACAGAGUUGGCUCAAAAAGCAUCUUUCACUGUAUCUCCACUUACUCUUCUUAGUGCAACUGAAACCACAUUGUUGACAACACAGCCUGAUACAUCACAAGUAGAAAGAGUUACUAACAUCUCUACUAGGAAGCCAUCUGCCUUCCAUUUUUCACCAUUAAGUUCUCUAAUCUCCUUAAACAUUUCUCCUCCUUCACUACCUUCCUCUGGAAAAGAAGCAUCACUGACAACUCUCAGUCCCAUGCGCACAUCCCAUGAAACAACCUCUUUUUAUCCAAGAGCAACUCUGGCAAAAUCUACGUUACUAUCAGAAAAGACCUCUUCAGUCCUGAAUUUUUCUGUUUUAUCUGCUAUAACAGAACAAUCAAGUCCAGUAACAACAGUAUCACGUGACAAAUCACCAGGCAAUGUCACCUCUGCUGCAUUCUCCCCAUCUUCUGAAUUCAGCAGUCAGCUCAUGACAACCAAAAAAGUAAUGACAGCCACAGAAAAAUCAACUCUGUCCCCUUCUUUUAUACUUCCAGUAACAAAGACCUCUUACGUUUUGUCCACCUCUCAGCCUCUAGCAGAUAAACUGGUUUCUUCACCUUCUUUAACACAAAUUGUACCAGAAGUAAUAACCACACCAAAAUAUCCAGUAGAAACUAAACCAGUUUCUACGGCAUUGGAAUCUACAGUUCAAAGUAUAACAGAUAAAGUUAAACUUACAGCAGCUAAAACUCAGCCUUCCUUUCCUCCAUCUUCAGUAGGCUCCCUCUCUUGGCAGACAUCUUUAGGAGACAAAUUUUCAGUAUGGACCACAAAGACCAUAGUUACACCGCUUUUUUCCACUCAGAAGGCUACAGAACUUGGUCGUCAGACUUCUGAGCCUUUGUUGACAAGCCAAAGUAUCACCCCAAUAUACCAGUAUACUGCAAAAACUCCGUCAAAAUCCACUUAUCAAUCACAACGUGUCUUUAGCACAACUGAAGCAACAGUAGAAUUGACUUCCUCAUACCCCUUAAUCACCUCCCUACCUGAAGACGUUCAUUCAAGUAUAUUACCUACCUUAGUAGGUACUACACAGGUUACUUUGCCAACUGAAAGAGAGUUGCUUUUAAUUGAUUCAAUAACACAGUCUUAUGCAUCAAGGACUUCUUCUCUUUCACAACCUACAGUCCCAACUAGAAUGACAACUGAUUUGAUUUUUGGCACCAGAAUUCUCCCUUCCUCACCAGAAGUGUCUGCAUCUUCAUCUUAUUUAGAAACAAUUAAAAAAGAAAUAUUUCCUUCAUUUUCCACACAAAAGGCUGGUACUAGUCAAAAAUUCACAUGGCAGGCCUCAUUUGAUUCAAGUCAAACGCUUGAAACAGCUACAGCUUCUACAGGACCUAAGUCAACCUCUUCAUCAGUUUUGUUAACAGAAACAACAGAAAUUCCCAUUGUGAUGGGGAGUGGGCCAUCCACAUCAACGAGCAAAAGUGAUACACAGGAAACUGCAGGGUUGCCUAAGGAAGUCACACUUUCAACCACUGCCUCCAGUUCCACGUUUCUAACAAGUACAAUGUUGUCAGCACAUUCAUCAGCUGCUGCUUCACCUUCUUCAGUGAUAAGCAGUAGUGGGCAAAAUGUUAGUAUUGUGUCAGCAACUUCAGACAAAGCAGAAGCAGUAACAGAACCUAUCACAAGGUCUGUGAAGCCCACCUAUUUUUCUGUUACUUCCAAAGCAAAAGGAGCUGUGCCCCCCGAUACAGUAAAAUCUGAGGAGCCAGAAUUAACAACAGAAGUCCAAGCUGUUCGUGUUCAAGGUGCUAUCACUACUCCAGAAACACCUUGGACAUUUUACUCUCCAUAUUUCGCAAACACAACUGCAGUUUCUUCUAAUAUAAGUGUAUCAGUACUGUCUACUGCACAUUCAUCCUCUGAACCGAAAUCUUUUUCUUCUAUAGCUGCGUCAUCAGUCAGUGCAACUCAAACUUCAAAACUUGACAUACCAUCUGAGGUACAAACACCUUCUGUGAGUUCAGUGCUAAUGAUAUCUGACCAUCCAAAUGACACAACAGCUCCAUCAGUUUCCUCAUCUACCAAACCACGUUAUGGCUUGACUACAACUUUUUCUGAUGAAUUGGCAACAGCUGAAGCUCUGUCAGGCGCCACAGCAUCAGCUUCUAUGCUGCCUAGAGAAACACCAACUCUUCAGACUUGUACACCAAUCACAGAGAAUGAGUGCAUAAAACACAUUUGCUUGGAUGGACAGCUGAUCCAAGUUAAUAAGUCACAGAACUGCCCAUACAAUGCAACUCAACCCAGCUGUGGAGUUUUAGGAUUUGCUACUCAAAUGAAUGGUGACAAAUGCUGCCCAAAGUGGGAAUGUGCAUGUCGUUGCACAAUAUUCUCUGAUCUGAGCAUUGUAACCUAUGAUGGAAAUCAUUUGGCAUUAUUCAAAGAAGCGUCCUACAUCGUUAGUCAAACUCGAGAUGAAACUAUAACCAUCCAUGUCCUUGACUGCAGACUGAGAAAUUCAAAUUCAACUUCUUUGUGCUUGGCAAUGUUGAAUCUAACCUAUGUAUCAAACCAAAUUAUUAUCAAUCGUUUAAGUAGAAAAAUUACAGUAAAUUCAAGACUUGCUUGGCCUACUGUUAGACAAUAUGGAUACAAAGUGGAGGAUUCGGGCUUCAAGUAUGCAGUUGAAACCCCGACAAAAAUCAGAAUUCAGUGGUUUCACAACACAGGCGUGAUGAUUAUUGAGUUUAAUAGUACCAGGGAACCAAGAGCUUUGGGACUAUGUGGGGUUUGUGAUAGAAGCUUGGAAAAUGAUCUGAUGCUACCCAACAGGACAGUUUUAAGCAAAAGUGGUGCUCCAACGACUUUUAUAGACAGCUGGCAAGUGCCAGACACAUUAAAGUAUGUCGGAGAAGACAGGCAUCAGGAAACUAAUUGCUCAGUCAUGGACUGCUCAGAGUGCUUAAGAAUGGUGUUGAACCAGACCUUCAGCAGCUGUCAUCCUUAUGUUCCACCUGAGCUAUUCUGUGAUAUAUGGGUUCAAGACACUGAGUACAUUCGAAAUCCAUGCAUUUCUCUAGCUGCCUAUGUGGCAAUGUGCAACAAAUUUAAUAUUUGUAUAGAAUGGAGGAGCUCUGAUUACUGUCCGUUCCCCUGCUCUGAAAACUUCUCCUAUCGGGCAUGUAUAGCUGCUUGUGAAGUUCCAGAUAGUUGUCAGAAUAACGAGGUUGUUUCUCUGGACUCAGACUCCUGCUCACUGUUGACAGAAGGCUGCGUCUGUGCUGGAGGGACCAUCCUUCACCGAUCUCACACUGCUGUCUGUAUUCCUGAAGAAAAAUGUGCUUGUACAGAUAGCUCAGGAGCACCUCAUGCAGUAGGUGAGAUCUGGAAAACUUCUUUGAGCGGAUGCUGUAUGCAAAAAUGUGUUGACAGUGACACCAUUGUUCCAAUGGAGUACGACUGUUCAGAUAUCCACAACUUACACUGUCAGCGAUUUGCAGAAGUGGCCUUGCUUGUUCCUAGCAAUGAGACAUGUUGUCCUCAGCAGAUCUGUAUUUGUAAUCAGAGCCUCUGUGAGCCCUUAAUCCCUGAGUGUAACGGCUUGGAAAAGCUGGUCACUUACUACAGUGAAGAAUCCUGUUGUCCGAACUAUGUUUGUGAAUGCGAUCCAGCAAAAUGUGGACCAGUGGAGCAGAUGCCAAGCUGUCGAGACGACCAAAUGUUAAUUGCUGCUCGGGUGGAGAGUACCUGCUGCAUUUCCUAUAUAUGUGCAUGUGGGGCUUGCUCUGAUCAAAUACCCAAAUGUCAAGAAGGAGAAGUUCUUAUUGUGGAUGGCAACGCUACAGAGCGAUGUUGCCCUACAUACCACUGUAUUUGUGAAACACAUCGUUGUCCUGAAUUCAAAUGUAUGCUAGGCAUGUCUUUGGUGGAGGUAUGGAGCCCAGAGAAAUGCUGCCCCUUUCGGACAUGUGAAUGUGCAUGUGAAACAAUCCCCAAACCUCAGUGCAAACUGGGGCAGAAACUUCAGAGAGAUGAUCAGUUUCAGAACAGUACAGAAAAUAUCUGUAACUGUGUUAAAUAUAAAUGCGUGAGAGACAAAGUUUGCCUGAGUAAUGAGAGAGGUGUGCUGCUUCCUGGACAGACAAUCAUGGAGCAUGGCACAGAUGGCAUUUGCCAUAUUUAUCAUUGUACUAAUAUGAUUGAUCCCUCUACCAAAUACUACCGAAUAAACCAGUCUUCAAUAGAUUGUGCUGUCAAGUGCAAAGCUAACCAAGUCUAUCAGCCUCCAAAAGAUUUAUCAACUUGCUGUGGUAGCUGUAAGAACUUGUCUUGUCUCCACACUUUCAAUAAUGGCACAGUUUCCAGUUUUAAGCCUGGUACUGUUUGGAUUUCAAACUGCAUCAGAUACGAAUGCAUUAACACAGAAAUAGGGCCAGUUCUGGUUUCCUCUUCAGUUGGCUGCCCCCCCUUCAAUGAAACUGAAUGUGUGAAGGUUGGAGGCUACAUUGUGCCAUUCUUAGAGGGAUGCUGCAGAACAUGUAAGGAAGAUGGAAAAUUCUGCAAAAAGGUGACUGUCAGGAUGACUAUUCGCAAGAAUGACUGCAGGAGUAACACACCAGUGAACAUUGUUUCAUGUGAUGGAAAGUGCCCCUCUGCAAGCAUUUACAACUACAACAUCAACACAUAUGCAAGAUUCUGCAAAUGCUGCAGGGAGCUCGGACUACAAAGACGAACUGUGCAAUUGUAUUGCACCAGUAAUUCAACCUGGGUCAGCUAUUCAAUCCAAGAGCCUACGGAUUGUUCUUGCCAAUGGUCUUAAAAAAACUUGAAAGAAAGCAGCAAGUCCAGCUGUUCCCAGUAUAAGAAAAUAUGAGCAGAUUAUCUGUUAAAAAUAUAAUACCAAAUCCACAUAAUUUUAUCAAUUUAAUGCUAAAAGAGUAAAAAUAUUUUUGGAGACUUCUAAAUUUCAGAAAUUUCUUUUUCAUUAUUUGUAUUGUGAUUUGUCUUUUUGUUCAUUCACAGGGACUGCUUAAGAGUUCUUGUGAUACGUGCCAACUUAAAAGGUGAUUUACGUUAGCAAUUCCACAAGAGCAAGAACACCUUCUAUUUUGUUGUGGAAGGCUGGCCCACAGUUUGUCAGGCACCCAAUCCCGUUUUAACUCAUUGACCGACUUAUCUGGCAGCAGUUCCCUAUUUUGAAUAAAUUGCAAUUGUGCAAAUACAGUCAGUGUCUAUUAAAAAAAUGCUUGGACAACAUGAGGUGAAUUUUCAGUUUAAAUCAUAUUCCUAUUGCAAAGUAAAGCACGUAUAAGAAAUUCAUUUAAAGAUUUUUUAUUUUUUUUUUAAUCAGAGAAAUAUUGUCAGUACUGAUAACUGUACUUAAUAUUCCCUGGUAAUAAUUUCAGUUUUUCCAGCACAUUUUGUAUUGCAGUGAAAAGCAUGAUGGCAAAUGUAGUUUAUGAACAGACAGGUUAUUGUUAGGCUAUCUAGAUUAGCCAUUAGUAUUUCUCUUUCUGCUAAACAAUAUGACACAAACUGAAAAUACACAGAUUUAACAAAUGAAAACCAUUUUACAUUCCUUUAUAUAUUCUAUCUAUAGAAUAUACAUAUAUUUUCUACAGAUAGAAUGUUUAAAUGAAAACAUUCUGCUUAUGAAAUGCACCACAUUUAAACUGGUUUUGUAGGAGAAUGAACUUCGUUUAACUGUAAUUUUAAAGAUGUGAAAAUUUGUUAGGAAAACAAACCAGAAUUAUGUGUCUGUC